AUGCCCCGGCCUGGAGACGGAGCCCCACGACCCAUAACCCUAAUCCCAGGCGACGGAAUCGGUCCAUUGGUCACAAACGCGGUGGAACAGGUAACGGAAUCGGUUCAUAAGGCCAACAUCAUGAAACUCGCCGAUGGGUUGUUUCUGGAGUCCUGCCGUCGAGUUGCGACCAAAUAUCCGACCAUUGAGUAUAAUGAAAUCAUCGUCGACAAUUGUUGCUUGCAACUUGUUUCAAAACCUGAACAAUUUGAUGUCAUGGUAACCCCUAAUCUUUAUGGAAAUCUUGUUGCAAAUACAGCGGCCGGCAUUGCCGGAGGUACCGGUGUCAUGCCCGGAGGCAAUGUGGGAGCUGAACAUGCCGUUUUCGAGCAAGGUGCUUCAGCAGGAAAUAUGGGAAAAGAAAAUAUGGUGGAGCAGAAGACCGCAAAUCCGGUGGCUUUGCUUCUCUCCUCCGCUAUGAUGUUGAGGCACCUCCAAUUUCCUUCAUUCGUCGAUCGACUCGAGAACGCCGUGAAAAAUGUGAUAUUGGAGGGUAAGUGUCGGACUAAAGAUCUCAGUGGAGAUUGCACUACACAAGAAAUUGUUGAUCGCCUCUCAAGUCUUCGUAUUGUAACUUAGUGCGAGUUUCUCAGUUUAUAUUUGCUGUUCUU